CUCGGCUGGUUGGGAGAAACGACAGAAACCUACACACCAUUGAAUUGGCCAUCGUGCUGGGCCAUAGCUUCCAUGGAGCACGAAGACGUGUCCCAGCUCCGGAAGGAGCGCGCCUUGUUGCUUGGCGAGUUGAGCACUUUACGAGCAAAGUUUGAGCUCACUUUGCAGACCUUACGUGCACUUCUGGGCCUCGAAUUGAGCUGCACCUGGGCCGACAUCGUCGAGCAUGUGGAGCUUCUAACUCGUGUGGCUGAUGGACGUAAGGGGAAGGAACCUCCCGACGCGGAAGAGCGCGAGGUUGAAGAGCUUCAGCAACUCUUGCUGAACGCUGAGAUGGAUUUGGAUGAGAAAGAGAAACAGUUGGAGGAGCAACAGAAUCGUGUGCAGAGCCUGUCCAAUGUUCUCGCGAAACAGCAGAACGUCCUGGACAUGACGGCUGCACAGCUGAGUAACCAACAAGAGCAGAAGGACAUGGUUUCCAGACAAAGUGAACAGCUCGUCGCUUUGACCGUGGAGAGGGAUCGCCUCCGGGACGACCGCGACCGACUCCGUCACGAGGCAGAGCAGCUCCGGGAGUUGAGCCACGUGCAGCAGAGGCGCUUGCAGGAGAAGGAAAGCCAGCUGAGCUCAGCAGAGGCGUCCUUGGCCACCAACCAGCAAGCACUCUUCCGAAGGGAGAAAGAGCUGGGUGCCUUACAAGCAGACCACCAGCGUCAGCAGGUGGAAAUCGAGGAACUGUGCGAAGCGGUGACGUGGCGCGACAACGAGGUGGAGCACAUCCGGUCCCAGCUCGAAGUCUUCGAGGCGGCCGAGCGUCGAAAGCACAGCUAUCGUUCAGGAAGCAGCACUUUCUUGGGCCGUGUGGCGUCAGCCAGAAGCUUGGAUGGCUCAGAGCCAAGUUCAUCGAUCGGCUCAGCGCAACCCAGUGCGCGCGGAGAGCGCAGGCCGGAGUCCAGCGUGCCCUCGACACCAGGGGCGGCGCCCACGGCGGUCAGCCCCACAUCGAGCCGCCGUGCAUUACGUGCGGGGAGCUGGUGAAUUGGGUUCCACAUGCAUUGCGUGGUGGACCGGGAGUGGGUCAAAGGGGCAAAUAAUGGAAACAAGCUUAAGGCAAAAACGAACAUGCACACUAUUGUGAGGAUUUGUGAGGUAGGUUUAGGGAUAAAUUGGUUGGUAAAGGUGUGCUUUGCCGCGAGACCCUUACAUGAGGGCAUGCCCGGCAUGCCCUGCUCAAGAUCUUCCUUAACUCAGAAUGGUUUGUAUCCGCACCAAUAGCACUGAUGUUUGUGCCAGCUCAAUAUCGAUCUGCCAAGGCAUACAUCCCAAUUAUAUACAAUCAAGCAGUGAAGCUACAUAAUAUAAUAUCAUCCAGUAUUCUGGCUUGGCGGGCGGAACGCACCAUGGCCCUUGGCACCAGAAACGCACGGAACUCGUGCUGUGAGGCCCAGUGGCACCCUUGGCGUCAAUGGACAAAGAGGAACGCGCUGCGUUUCUCUCCCAUUUCCCAAUGGCUUCACGCACCGAGAGGCACCUCCGGCACCGGAUUGAUAGUUCUAAACACAAGUAUUGAAAUGGUGUUUUCAAA